AUGUCGUUCCGAGAUAACGACCAGCGCCGAUAUGGCCAUGUCCCUCCUGUACAAUAUCCCGUAGCGAACCGAUCUUCCCAAAGCCAGUCGCCCUUCCCGAAUCGGCGGCCAAGCUUUAACAACGGUGACGAUUCUGGCGCUUUUGCCUCGUCCCUAUCUCGCCCAAGCUAUCCGCCUACCUUGAACACGACUGCCGCAGGUCUCAGUAAUGGUGAUGAGCUGUUCCUAGCAAGCCCGACCGACCCUAAUAGGCCCAACUAUGGCAAUUCAAGUGUCGCCAUGGCUGGAUACCAACAUCAAUAUCAACCUCAGACGCCACCCACGCCAUCUACGUACAACCCACAAGCAUUUGCCCGUUCUCAGUCUACCUCGCUACCUUAUCAUCCACACCCUUCGAAUAAUAACAGGUGGGGUCAACAAGCCGCCGCGCCUGCUCCAUAUAGUCCUACCACCGCGACUCCUAAUAACUUCACACCCGCCCCGUAUAAUCCGGCCGCAUAUUCUGGCGCGGCGGUACCUCAACGUCAGUCAACCUAUGCUGGUUACACUAACUACAGCAAUCAGUCUUAUGGUUCGCCGCCCGUGAACCAGUCACCUUAUUUCCAGGCCCAACCUACUUAUGCUUCUACUACCGCGCAAUCGAGACAAUCUCCUCCCACAACCUACACCGCCGGAUACGACCAACCCACCUACAACUCAGCCGCCUAUCCACCUACCACAAGUACAGCAGCACCAGCCCAGACCACUAGUUAUGAUCCUUCACAAUCACAGUAUACAAGCUAUUCGACCGAUUCCACGACCCCGCCGGUUACAUUCUACGCAUCUGACUCGUCCUCGUCUGACCAGAUACCAUAUCCAACUACUUCACAAAUACCUGUAGGCCCUAACUACUCUGCUAGCGAUCCGCAUUCAUUCUUGAAUCGUAACUCUAGGUCCAAUUCAGCGGCAUCGCCCUUACCAUCGCCUCCGGCUCAUUCGCAACUAGUAACCGGCUUAACACGGCAUCCGACUAAUAGACCACUCCCAAGUCGGCCUGUUGAUGAAACUGCUGCGGGGCGAUAUGGUACCAAUGGCACUGUUUCACAGGAUUUAUCUGAGGAAUACACUGCACAGGACAGUAUUAUGCAGGAUAUCGAGGCAGAGCUUCGGGGACAGAACGGAUCGUUACGGGGCCGACCGUCAGCUUUUGACCAACGGAAUGGCGCGUUACCAGAUGGUGAUCUGCAAAACCUUCGUCGCUUGACUUCGAACGCUAGUUAUCAUUCGACAGCUACGACACUGAACAACCAAGAGGAGUCGUCCGGCGUGAACCGGUAUUCAUCUAAUGCGUCGACCUUAAACAGAAAUCAUUCUACCAAUCCUUACGCAUACGAAGAUUACGACGGAGAUGAAAGUGAUCCUGAAGGUGCUGCUGGUGCUUGGGCUAUGCAACAAGCGGAAGAGGACGACCGCCGAUUUAGUUCGGUUGGAGGGACGUUUCCUUAUUUCAGUCAACCAGAAGCGCCCGCGCAACCUACUCUCGCAACCCACAAAGAAGAGCCGAGUAGCGACAGUGACUACGCUGGAAUGGAUCUUGGGCUCAUGGGUGGUGGCUACGCAGGCAACUUAGUGUACGAUAAUAACCUUGGCUCGCCUCCUGCUACCGAGCCGACUCCUGGUGAAUUCCAGGCGCUGCCGUCUCGCAGUAAUCACACCUCUCAAAGGAGUCACGGAAGCAACAGAUAUCCAGCCUUCGAGCAAGCCGAUGUAGAUUACGAGGGCACUGGAGGCCUCCAACAGCCAACAGCACACCGCUUAAGCUUUGACGAGGGCGAAGAGCGCGUUUCUCUCCACUCGAGGCAGAGUGGCAGCGAAUCUCCUGCCAAGGAGGACUACCCUGAUAUGUUUUAUCAUCCUGGCCUGUCGAACCGACCUCUCCCUGCCAUUCCUGCAGGCUCGGAUAGUAGUUCGAUGCUGUCUGUUCAAUCACCGAGCCGAGCGGCGGCUCAACAUGGAUAUUCCCUCAGCGUGGAUUCACGUCCUUACUCAGGCCCAGAUGCUCAAUAUGGGCAGAAUGCACAACAGCUUCAGGUGGAAAGGUCAAUUUCUCUGUCUAGCCAUAGCACUUCGCCCUUAGUUCAGCCACCGGGCCGGUCGAAGACGGACGCCGCCGAAGAACGAAAUGCACGGGUAAGACAUAUGAGGCAACAACAACAAUUAGCAGCUCAACAGAAUAUACCAUACGAAGGCUACGAAACUGGAACGGCCUCCUCAAUCAAUUACGACGUGAUAACCUUACCGAGCGGCCGGCGACGAAAAUUCCAACCCGAAAAACUUACUAUUGUCGAUGUUCGGUCUUGCACGGAGCCGUGGGCGUUAAGCGGUAUUGCCAAAUGGAUUCGUGAAAUGGCUGAAGGAGAACCUGAUCUGAAGAGGAAGACGCUCGAGGACGGAUUGGUUAGACUAUUCUGUCUCAAAGUUCCCACAAUGAACGUUGCGGACGCCGAAGCCCUCGGCGCUCAAGUCGCUGAUUCGAUGCUUGAAGCUGGUAUCCUUGUCGUGGAGGAGGAAUGGCUUAAGUUUGGUCCCGGCUCCAUUACUGGUGUACUUUGGCAAUUAACUGGCUCUGGCUGUUACGCACCAAAGCUGCACGAAUACGACGACGAUAUAUCAAGCCAUGAAGUCCCAGGACGAUGUUACUCUCAUCAUUGCACUAGGACACUCAAGAAAGCCAACCUAGACGAUCUUAUGUCCAACGGAGUUAAGACGGUUGACUGGGCCACGUUCUACGAUAUGACGAAAGAAAGCACAGAGGGCAAGGCGAAGAAGGAAAUCUCGCGACAGAAUGUUCUUCACGAGAUCAUCACUUCGGAAGAAGUGUACAUGGACCGCCUUGACGUUCUUAGGGUUUUAUACCGAGACCGACUCCUUCAUUCACAACCUAGGAUUAUUGCUGAAGGCAGAGUCGAAAAAUUCGUCAGCAAUGUUUUCGGAAAAGUAGAUGCUGUCCAACAGGUCAACAUGGAUCAUUUGUUGGCUCAAUUGAAGUAUCGACAAAAGGAGCAAGGUCCCUGGAUUGUGGGUUUUAGUGACAUUUUCAGAGAAUGGGUUCGAAAGGCCAGGACCGCGUAUGUCGACUACGCCUCCGCAUUCCCCUACGCCCAUUAUCAAGUUAAAAAGGAAGCGGAGAGAAACUUCUUGUUCAGACAGUUCCUCGAAGAUAACCGAACGCAUCCUCGUUCGCAGCGUCUUGACUGGACCAGUUACCUGAAAGAUCCCAUCACACGUUUGCAAAGAUAUUCUCUGCUUUUAGAGACUGUAUUAAAGCAUAUGGUACAUGAUAGCGAGGAAAAAGCAAAUCUGAAGCGGGCUAUCGACGAAGUUAAAUCGAUGACUCUCGAGUGCGAUGCUAAAGUCGACGAGAUGCAGAAGAAGGUGACGAUGAUUGAGUUAGACCAGAUGCUCGUAUUAAGGCCAGGCUUCCAUGCUGAUCUUCACCUGGAACACCUUGGCCGAGAACUCAUACUCCAAGGUGAUCUCCAGAGGAUGGGUUCAAAGGGUGUGCGAUGGGUUGAUACGCAUGCUUUACUAUUCGAUCAUUAUUUGAUCCUCGCCAAAUUGGUUGUGUCAAGAGAUGGAAGGCAAGACAGGAAAUAUGACGUCUCAAAAGAACCCAUUCCUAUGCCUUUAUUGUUCCUUGAGAGUAGCCAGGAUGACCCGGUUUCUAAACAAAAAGGUAUUGCCGCCCCUCUGACUCGGGCGGCAAAUUCGGCGUCGGACACCAAGCUGAACAAAGUGACGUCUAACGGCUCGGAACGGCCUGGUCUUGACCAUGCAGCUACUAGCUCAUCGGUCACAUCGGGAGCUGUUACGAGGUUAGCCACCGCAAAUUCGGCGGACAGCGAAGGGAGAAUUUUAUAUCCCUUCCGUGUCAAGCAUCUAGGGCAUGAAGUAUACACUUUAUUCGCCUUAUCGGCGCAAACCCGACAGGAUUGGUGUGAUAGGAUUAUUGAGGCCAAGACACGCCAUGCUAAAGCAUUGCAUGCUCAAAACGCCGAACCAUUCCGUUUACGGGUAAUGGCCGACAGCGCGUUUGCCUAUGACGCAGUAGCUGCCGUCGGCAAAUAUGUUGGUGGUGUGCAUAUCCGUGGGACUCCCCUUGAUAGAGCCAUUCGGGAGGUAGAAAAGACCUACGGAGCAGGCCGCGGUCCUGCUCCAAUCUCUCGAGCAGGAGUGAACUGUGCUACUGGAUUUUCGGCAUUCGGUAAAAAUAUGGUCGCGGUCGGUACUGACGCUGGUGUUUGCGUGUCGGAGGCCAGCGACCAGAAGGGUUGGAAUAAGACUGUCACAGCCAACCGAGUUACGCAAAUCGCAGUGCUUGAGGAAUUUUCUGUGGUCCUCGUAUUGUCCGAGAGGAAUCUCAUUUCCUAUCCUCUCGACGUUGUGUCGCCGCCUUCUAACUUCCCCGCGCCAGCAAACGAUAACCCUCGCCGAUCUCCCCAAAGACUGGCAAAAGAUGUAUCAUUUUUCGCAACCGCUCGUAUGAAGGACAGGAUGCUAGUAUUUUACAAAAAGAAGGAAAACCUUCACAGUACCUUCAAAGUGCUGGAGCCUGUUUUCCAAAAGGCGACCGAGAAGAAAUCUCGCCUGUUUGGAGGUAGCCGAAAGGCUGGCGUUGGUGUAACGGAAAGCUUCCGAGACUAUGACGAGUUUUUCUUCCCGACUGAAUGUUACUCACUCAACAUUUUCCACACAUAUAUCGCCGUCUCAACGGCCAGAGGUUUCGAGCUACUGACUCUCGACAAGAAAAUACCAAUGUCCAUUCCUGAUGUUAAGCAACCUGCUAUUGCCAACAUUGCGAACCGCAUUAAGGAACAGCGACCUCUAGGUAUGUUCCGCCUCAAUGACCAGGAAUUCCUGCUGGCGUAUGAAGAUUGCGCUGUAUAUGUGGACAAAUAUGGCGACGUUAGCCGUAGUGUCAUUAUGGAGUACUCUGGAAAGCAGAAGAAGGCAAGAGGUGCGACAAUGUAUGGGCAAUAUCUACUGCUCUUUAACGAAGAUUACGUCGAAGUGCGCAACGCCGAAAAUGGCCGAUUGCGCCAGAUCAUCGCCGGAAGGGAUGUGAGGGUUCUGGACUAUGGCGUUCGUGGACCGACGGGAGGCUCAUCGAGCGCGAACGGACAGAGUCCAUCGCCGAGCCCCGCUGAUAACGGGCUUGACUCGAAAGGCACUGUUAAAAUCUGCAUGGCGCAUCCGGAAGUUCCGGGCCAGCAGAUCGUCCUGGAAAUGCUGCUCAAUUCCGGACACAUGGAGAAAUGA